AAUUAAGAAAAAGGAAAAAAAGGCCGACCCUUUCUCUCUCCUAAGAAAAGGAUCGCCUUUGGCUCAUCUCUCUCUCUCUCACUAUCGCCCCCCGCGUCUACAUUCUUCUCUCGAGCUACCUUGCAAUCAUGGCUGGAAUGGCACCUGAAGGAUCGCAAUUCGAUGCUCGCCAAUAUGAUGCCAAAAUGAAUGAGCUGAUUUCACAAGAUGGACAGGAUUUUUUUGCCUCAUAUGAUGAGGUUUUUGAUAGUUUUGAUGCUAUGGGUCUCCAAGAGAACCUUCUAAGGGGCAUUUAUGCAUAUGGUUUUGAAAAACCCUCUGCAAUCCAACAAAGAGGUAUUGUUCCUUUCUGCAAGGGACUUGAUGUCAUUCAACAGGCACAAUCAGGGACCGGAAAAACUGCAACAUUCUGUGCUGGUAUAUUGCAGCAGCUUGAUUAUGGAUUGGUACAGUGUCAGGCUUUGGUUCUUGCUCCAACUCGUGAAUUAGCACAGCAGAUUGAAAAGGUGAUGCGUGCACUUGGCGAUUAUCUUGGCGUCAAAGUUCAUGCUUGUGUUGGAGGAACUAGUGUUCGUGAAGACCAGCGGAUUCUUUCUAGUGGGGUUCAUGUCGUAGUGGGGACACCUGGUCGUGUAUUUGACAUGUUAAGAAGACAGUCUCUCCGCCCUGACUACAUCAAGAUGUUUGUUCUAGACGAGGCAGAUGAAAUGCUUUCUCGUGGUUUCAAGGAUCAGAUAUAUGACAUCUUUCAGCUGCUUCCUUCUAAAAUUCAAGUUGGCUUAUUCUCUGCCACAAUGCCUCCCGAGGCUCUUGAGAUUACUCACAAGUUUAUGAACAAGCCUGUGAGAAUCCUUGUGAAGCGAGAUGAGCUCACUUUGGAGGGUAUCAAGCAAUUCUAUGUCAAUGUAGAGAAGGAAGAGUGGAAGCUCGAGACCUUGUGUGAUCUCUAUGAGACGUUGGCCAUCACACAGAGUGUAAUUUUUGUCAACACUAGACGCAAGGUAGAUUGGCUGACUGACAAAAUGAGGAGCAGGGAUCAUACGGUCUCAGCAACCCACGGAGACAUGGAUCAGAACACUAGGGAUAUUAUAAUGCGAGAGUUUCGCUCUGGCUCCUCUCGUGUACUCAUCACCACUGAUCUUCUUGCUCGUGGUAUCGAUGUGCAACAGGUCUCCCUGGUUAUAAAUUUUGAUCUGCCGACCCAGCCAGAGAACUAUCUUCAUCGUAUUGGGCGAAGUGGCCGUUUUGGGAGAAAGGGUGUGGCAAUCAACUUUGUCACCCGUGACGAUGAAAGAAUGUUGUUUGACAUUCAAAGGUUUUACAAUGUGGUGAUCGAGGAGCUGCCAUCCAAUGUCGCAGACCUAAUCUGAUGAGCUACAUUCGGUCUAUAUUUCCUAUUUACGUUUAGCAAUAAACUCGCUGGACAGACAAAUGUUGUGAUCACAAAGAAAGACUCGUCCGUGGCAAGUUCCAGUUUCCCAUCUAUUUUUGUCGAGCCAUUUCAGAUCUUUGCGUUUCCUUAGAACUUACCGGUUUUCUUGGUUUAAUGGGAGGGUAUGUAUUAGCGCAGUGAUGUUUUAUGUUAAUUAUCCACUGAUUAUCGAAAUUUGUGAUGGAUCUAAUGCGUGUGAGCUAUGCAUGUACGAUGUCAAUGGUGUUUUAA